CCACUGAACGUCGGCCUGGCGGCUGGAUCACGAGGUGACCGCAUUGAUCCGCCCCACAAAUUCCCGAACAAUCUCCGCGAACGCACCCCCAACACAAGUGAAUUCGCUCUCCAUCCCCUCGCGAGAUCCGCGAGUCCCCGGUAUUUUCGUUAAAAAAAAUUAACGGAAAUGCAGCAGAGACCAUCGACCCUCCAAAGGUGAGCGAGUGUCAGACCCUGAGAAUGUCGUUGUCCCUGUGAAGUGUUUCCUCAAUCCCGAUCUCAGAUUAAAAAAUGCGCAGCGAGUUGAUAACCGGCUGUGUGGCCUUGCGUAUCAUCGACACCGGAGAAUCCUUAAAAAAAAUGUCGAGCGGAUAAACAACAGGGGCUUGACACCAGUUCACCUCUGCGCAAUGCGUCUCGGUACAUGCCCCCUCGUGAAUUUGUUGCCCGAUCACUUUCACCUUCGCGCAAGGAAUCGCGACCAAGACUGCUUUCGAUUGCCCUCCACUGAAUUACCUGGUUGCCGCAAAAAUCAUUGAUCCAAUUUGCGCAUUCGAUUGUUUUCCGAGUGAUCGACUGGCUCUCGCCGACGACUGAGAGGACAAUUCAAUUGCCCCAGACGACACCAGCGGGGAAUAGGGGAGUGUAAUUACCAGGGGGUUGACGACGAUGCCGGCAUCUCCGGGUGGUCCACGAGAGACUGAAGCUUCACGUGCAUUUGCUUGUGGUACGAGUGAAUCGAUACGUGUCUCUCAUCUGGAGCAUUACCCGAGGCGUGUGUACAGCACACUUGACACGAGUGGGUAAAUAAAGAGGAUCAGGCGAAGGAUUAAGGGAGAAAUUAUGCUGGCGUGCUGGCUGCUCGCCGGCGCCCUGGGCGCGGUAGUGCUUUUGUAUGCGCUUGUCGAGGUGCACUAUUUCUUGAGAAUGUUCGUCACGGUCCUACUGGCCCGCUUCUGCAAAAAACCAGUGCACAUUCUCGACGAGACCACCAUCUACGGAUUGUGCACAACGACGGAUGUCGACACACUCCUGUACCACAUGAACAAUGCGAGAUACCUGCGCGAGCUGGACUUUGCGAGGGCCGAUUUUUACGAGAGAACGAGCCUCUACCGUGAAAUAUGUUCGCAGGGUAAAGGAGUUGUUCAAGGAGCUGCGACCAUAAGAUACCGAAGAUACCUGAAGCCCUUCUCUAUCUACAUGGUCAAGUCAAAGAUUAUCUACUGGGAUGAUAAGUCCAUUUUUAUGGAGCACAAGUUCAUCACUCCACGUGAUGAUUUUGUACGUGCAAUUGCAAUAUGCCGUCAGCGAUUAUUGGAUUGCAAUGCUGAGACAGUUAUGGCUGCACUACUUGAGCGUGGAGUCAAGAAUAAUGGAACUGUUGACGUAGGCGUAACACAGGUGACGCAUGUGAGGCCUCAGAUACCACCGGAAGUUGCUCGAUGGCUCGAGAGCAACGAAAUAUCCUCGGCCACUCUGAGAGCCGGCGACAAUGUUCCAGUUGUAACGACGAAUUUUUGAGAAUUAUCGUCGUUAGGGGUUCAUUAUUAUUGCAUCAGUGCAGAUAUGACACUUUCUCGUCAACUCAGGAUCUCUUGCAAAUGUAUUUUUGCGAUGAUUGUAUUAUAUUAUUUUAUAGGUGUUUUUUUAUGCACUGGGGGAAUGGAUUAUUUUCCACCCACGUCUGCACGAGGUGUGUCGAGUUAUUUGAAUUAUUGCGAGUGACUGGCGCACUUUUUGGGAGUGAUUCUGGGAUCGCUCGGUUAUUUUGAUGAUCGAUGUUAAUUAAUGUGUAUAUAUUAAUUAUUAUGAGGUAUUAUUAAAGUAUUAUUAAAGUGGAAGUGUGCAGUGAGUGAGUUUCAAUGAAA